AUGGCGACGGUUCCACGCGCCACGUGGGCAUCGUCCCCCUUGCGCACCAUCAAUGGUGCUGAGCCCAAGACACCAACACAAGGCUUAAAGGCCAAAGAUCAGGUCGUGGCCUCACCGCCCACAGCUCGCGACACCGUCCUCUUGAUCCUCACGGAAACUCAGUGCCCCGAAGCCGUCGACUUUGGCAAGGUCAACAUGGGGGAGCAGGCUUGUGCAGUCUUGCGUGUUGAAAAUCCCAGCUUUGCCGGCGUCACCGUCUCCGUGGACCGAAUGACUGCCAACAAGGGUCUUAGUUUGAGCUGGCCUGAGCUCAACAACGCGUACGUUGGCCUUGAUUACACCUCUCGUAAUUUAAUCAUCACCGCUUUUCGAUGCUUGGUUCUCAACGCUCGGGCUGCGAACGACUGCUACAGGGAUGAUGGGUGCGAGAAAGUCUUUUUCAUCGGCCCACGCGAUGCCGUCGACGUGGAAAUCUCCUGGCAGACGCCCAGCAUGUCCUCAUCCCAGGCCAUGCGAGCUGUCAUUAAUCUCUCCUCGGAGGGACGUCGCUAUCAGAUCAAGACAACGGGCAUUGCUUUUGUGCCUAGCCCCAAGAAGUCUUACAAGGCUCGGCCCGUUCCCAAGUCGCACGCGCAGGGCUUUCGAAUUCAAAAGCCCCGCACCUCGUCACCCCAGCCACGACUGAGCAUCAGUCCACAGACAGGCCGAAUCAAAAACAAACUGGCACUAAAUGAAAUUCGUCGCAAGGUGAGCAACGCAUGCUCAUGCUUCUACGAUACGGCCGUUCGUCUCAUGCACCCUGCCGGCCGUCCACAGAACAAAGAUCAGCAGGAAAAGCUGGCCAAAGAAAACGAGGCCCCCAUUCCCGCUGCCAAGUCGUUCUUGCGGGCUAAAUCCCGUGCCUCAAUUCGCCGUCUCAAGUCUGGUGCCAGCACUGAAGCUGACAAGCCUGCAGUCGGCGUGGCCAUGCGAUCGCUCUCGCUCAAGCGUGCUGCAAAACCGAGCGAUCAACCCAAACCCGCCCACAACGUUUUUGCCGCUGUAAACAUGUAUCACGAUGACGACUGGGCCACGAAGCAGACUGCCGGCUUUACUCGGUGGUUAAACCAUAUCUUUGCUGGCGAUGACGAGCUGCUGCCCUCUUCUGAACGGCGCCGGCGCUGGCUGCAACACCAGGGUCGAGCCAUGGCGCACUUCACUUCGGCACCGGUGCAAGACGUCCUGCAGCGUGUCAACGGUGAAAUCGAGUCGGGACACAUUGCCAUCCGUGAGGAUCGAGCCCCAUGGGCCGAUGUGGGUCUACGCGAAUCCAUCAUUGGUGCCCUGCUCUCUUUCUCCAACUCGUAUCUGCAACUUGGUAUCGAAACCGUCUUCGGCGUUUCCCUGGCCCCCUUUGCCCGAGACGACGAUGAUGGACAACGUCGUAUGCUUGCCAGCUUUUUGGCUAACCGACUUCUCUUCAGCCCUGAGCUUGCCGCACAACAUGCUCAUCCCGCGGUGCCUGGAUCCUACACCGCGGAAUUCGAACCCCAACUCAAACAAUACACGCUCAAGCGUUACCUGGCGCUGAUCUUCUUUUUGGAUCAGAUCAAGAGUGCUCAGCUGCUGGGUCCUGAAUGUUUGAUGUUUGCCAAGGGAAGCGAAGUGAAGGCGACCAACGAGUUUUUGGUCCUGCUUUCGCGGGAGUUGCUCAAAGGAGAGGGUGACGUUGUCAAGCAUCUCAGCUAUCUCGGCUAUGUCGUUCAAUCUCGCCAGACGUACCUGGAUGAGUACAAUUUUCAGGUGACUAAUCUAGCUGAGGACCUGCGUGAUGGUGUGCGCUUGGCCCACCUGUGUGAGCUGUUGCUUGCACAGCGCGAUGGGACAAGUGACCUUAUGUCCAACUUACGCACGCCAGCCAUCAGUCGUCUCCAGAAGGUCCAUAACGUCAAAGCCGUCUUUGAGACGCUCAAGCGCCACGGCUGUCUUCUUCUUGAAUCUACCAUCAACCCAGUUGUGGCUGGGCAUCGUGAGCAGACCCUCAAUGUGCUUUGGCGCAUCCUUCUGCAUUUCAAAAUUCACGACAUUGUGGACACGGAGCGAUUGACUCAAGAGAUUGCCCAACUCAAGCGUGAUCCUAGUUACCGCCAGCUUGAUGAGCAGCGUCGUGUCUCACAGGGAGAGAUGUACGUCAAUUCACCACACCUGACUCUUCUUCUGCAGUGGGCUCGCCUGGUGACACUGCGCUAUGAGGUUCCUGUGAGCAACUUUGCUAGCUCUUUUUCCGAUGGGCGUGUGCUCUGCGCAUUGAUUCAUCACUACCACCCCGAGUUGUUGGCCAUGGAGGACGUGGAGUUUGAAACGACCUUGACGGUGCAGGAGGCCGCCACAACUUACGACAACGAUCAUGCUGUCCUGGAAGAAGGUGCACACGGAUUUGCUGCCGCUUACAGCCCGGGGACCAACACGCUCGGCGGCCGCACUCGCCAACAAUUGCUGGCCAAUGAACGACACAAUUUCAAGCUGCUCAGUCAGGCCAUUAAAGCCAUGGGUGGUGUGCCUCUUCUUGCGCGCUCCAGUGAAUUGAGCGGGACGCUGCCCGAUGAGAAGGUCGUCAUUGCUUACGUGGCCUACUUGGCCAAGCGUCUGCUCGACAUUAGCGUGGAAGCGCGUGCAGCGCUUGUUAUCCAGCGCUGGUGGCACGCCCUGGUUCGCAGCCGUACAGCCGCUCGUCAGGCGGCACACGCCAAGGCCUGUGAUCAUGCAAUUAGUGAACAUCAAAAGCGACAAUACACAGCCGCUUCGCGCAUCCAAGCUGUGGUACUCGGGUGGGCCGCGCGCCAGGAGAUGCAACGCCGCCAUCAAGCAACGACUCAGAUUGCCACUUGGUGGCGAGCUCAUAUUCAGCGCCGACACUUUCAGCAGUUGCGUGCCGCUACUAUCGUGCUUCAAAGCAAUAUUCGCUGCAUGCUCGCCGCUCGUCGCUUUUCCACAGUACGGCAUGGCAUCCAACGCCUUCAAGCCGUCCUUCGUGCUCGUGCGGCCACUUGUGCCUGGCACAAGACGCGAACUGGCGUACUCCACAUUCAAAACUUCAUGCGAGGUGCCUUGUCCCGACAGCAGUUUGCAUUGGCUUGUGCCCAGCGAGAAUCAGCGGCUAUGGCACUGCAGUCACGCUGGAAAGCCAUUUUGCUGGGACGUUCAGCUCGGCAAACAUUUUUGAAGCAGCGUGCAGCUGCCAGGACUCUGCAGCAGGCCGUGCGUACGUGGCUGUGGCGUCGAAAAGAGCAGGUGGCAGCACUGGAAGCUAACAGGAACACAAUUGCAGCCACUCGCAUCGCUGCUUGGUGGCGUAUGAAUCACGCCCAGCGCAAGUACCAGACUGCGCGAACUUCUGCAGUUGUGCUGCAGGCUGCUUGGCGUGGCACGCUGGCUCGCGCCAGCCUUGCUAACAAACACGAGGCAGCCGUGCGACUUCAGGCCAUUGUACGCAUGUUUUUGGCUCGCCAGCACGUCCUCGGCAUGCACCAAGCUGCGGUGUGCUUGCAGCGUGUGAUGCGAGGUUGGCACGCGCGACAAACCAUCAUGGCUCUCAAAAGGCAAGAGAUGCACGCUCGCUCGGCGUUUGAUAGCGUGAUCAUCGAGCUGAACGUGCCUUCAAACAAUGGAUUUUUCGUGAGAGAGCGCGCCAAGCUCGUGCAAAGUUAUGGCAGCAGCAAACGCGCGCAGUGGUGGUGCUUCAGUCAGCGUAUCGUGCAGUGGUGGCUCAACGACGAGUCCAGGCUCUUCGACAGGCGCGUGCUGCCAUCGUACUCCAGUCUCAAGUUCGUAUGUUUUUGGCUCGCAAGCAGUACCUUCAGUCGCUUAGCCACUGCUGCUGAAGCACAGAAGCAGCAGACGAUGGCGUCGCUGACGAUUCAGCGCGUCGUGCGGGGCUUUAUGGCUCGUCGUCAGACCCAGCGCUUGCGUGUGGAGCGCCAGCAGCAGACGAUGGCGUCGCUGACGAUUCAGCGCGUCGUGCGGGGCUUUAUGGCUCGUCGUCAGACCCAGCGCUUGCGUGUGAAGCGCCAGCAGCAGACGAUGGCGUCGCUGACGAUUCAGCGCGUCGUGCGGGGCUUUAUGGCUCGUCGUCAGACCCAGCGCUUGCGUGUGAAGCGCCAGCAGCAGACGAUGGCGUCGCUGACGAUUCAGCGAGUCGUGCGGGGCUUUAUGGCUCGUCGCCAGACCCAGCGCUUGCGUGUGAAGCGCCAGCAGCAGACGAUGGCGUCGCUGACGAUUCAGCGAGUCGUGCGGGGCUUUAUGGCUCGUCGUCAGACCCAGCGCUUGCGUGUGAAGCGCCAGCAGCAGACGAUGGCGUCGCUGACGAUUCAGCGCGUCGUGCGGGGCUUUAUGGCUCGUCGCCAGACCCAGCGCCUAAGGGUUCAACAUGUUGCUGCAACGAAAAUCAAUGCACUGGUUCGUGGCUUCAUGGCACGUUGCCAUGCGCGAGAGUUGCGCGACACCCUGGAACGUCAGCGUGUGGCUGCUGUGUGCCUGCAAGCCGCCUAUCGUGGCUGGCAUGCACGCGCGCUCAUGCGUCGCCGUCGUCAGGAGGUUGCAGCUGCCACCAAACUGGUUGCCGUGUGGCGUGGCAUGUUAGCACGACGUGCGUAUCGUGCUGAGUUGGCCGCUCGAGCCUAUGCCCGCAACGCUGAGCUAGUGUGCCGUGCCCAGGCAGUAGUGCGGGGAUGGCUCGCUCGGCGCCAUCUUGUUCGGCAAAAAGCGGCUGCCAUUACUAUUCAGCGGGCUUUCCGAGAACGACGCGAGGCUUUGCAAAUCCUUCGUCAAAGCCGUGCAGCCACCUCCAUCCAGGCCAGCUGGCGUGCUUAUCAGACGCGUAAAACCAUGAGCCGCAAGCUCAAGGAAAUUGCCAAGCGCGUGCGCUAUCUCGCCGCAAACACCGAGGAGUGCAUGAAGCUCGGCAACCGAGCUCGUAGUGCCCUUGAAAUUUUGUUGACUCAUCAAAAGCUGACAUUUGUGCUCAAGGCCGUAAAAACGCUAUGCAUCGUGACCAAGCUCUCGCCAGAGUGUUGCCUGCAAUUGGUGGAGCAAGAUGAUGCCGUGCGUAUUUUGAUGGAGCUCGUCAAUGCUUGCAAUCGUAGCAAGCCCCACAUGGUCCUGUUGGAGUACACUUUGGCCAUCUUCCAACACUUGUUUCAACAUGCCUCAACACGAAGUGCAACUUUUACAACCACAGAGAGCAUGGUGGUACUUGUCGAGUUGCUGCAGAUGUAUCGCGACAAGGACAGCAUUUUCUUUCCUGCCUGCGAUCUUUUGCUCUCCUGCUGUCAGGAUGCCACACGUUGUGCUUUGUUGAAGCAGAAUGCCCCCGCUGUCGCGCGCUUUAACGGUAUUGUGCGCUUGCUUGAGCGCAAGGCCCAGGUAGCUCAAAAGAGUCGACGGGGGCCCGUUGCACCUGCUGCUGCGGCUGCCCAUGACAACCUGCUGCUCACACUCAAGGUAUGGCUGGUAUUGUUCAGGCGCCCUGCCGGAUUUGUCUUGAUGCUUAGAUCACAGUCUCACUUUGGCUAUGGUCCGUGGUCUUGCCAUCAUGCAUAG